AUGAAAGUUUUCAUUGAACUUGCCUGCUUAAUUGGAUUAGCUUGUGCCAUAAUUGUAAUCAUACUAAACUCGAAUUUAGUUUGCAAAUUCGCUCUAAAUAAAUCCAAGCGGAAAAAUGACAUGCAUCUGUUUUACUUUCGAUUUAUUUUGGACAUUAUAUUGGAAAUUUCUUUAUUUAUGUACAUUGGGUUCAUUUUCCUUAUGGAAAUUUUUCCUGACAUCGUACAACACCACCUCUUUCUCGUUGUAAUUUUUGGUCUACCAUUUUCUAACGUUGCCGCUGCCCGAUCCAUCAUAGCACUUGCAAUUGGCGUAGAGAGAACUGUCGCUGCGUAUUUCCCAAAAAUCUAUCAAAAUGUGCAAUUCAAAUAUCUAAACUGGAUAGUUAUCCUGGGAGCAAUAUUUUUCGGUGCAACAGAGUCUUUUGUGCUUUUUGGAUUUUGUUCGUAUAAAAUGGAAAUUCCAUCGAUGUGUCGAUUUUUUGGUUGUGCUAUUAACACGUGUUUCAAUACUUUUUGGAGUGCUCAUAGAACGAUAAUAUUCACUAUCAUUAUUAAUUUAUCAAUUUUGCUCUCCGUGAAACUUUUUAUUUUAAACCAUUUUCAAUUAGGAGUCACUAAUAAAAUGCUGUCAGAAGCAAAUCGAUUAGCAUUAAUUGAUGUUUGCACGGUUUUUAUUUUUGAUAUAAUCCCGGCGGUUUGCGGGAAUUUGUGGCCAACUGCAUACAUUUUUGCUUUUGAUAACGUGGGGCCGUAUAAUGGCAAUCUGAAAAUUAUAGGAUGUUCGAUAGAAUCGUUUAUUGUGUCAACUGUCAUUAUGCGUUCAAAGUCAAAAACUUCUUCGAAAAAUUCACGACUUGUUGCUAUUUCGAGAGUUACUGCUUUUUGAAUUUAGAAUUGCAAUUUUGUAUUUCUGCUAACAAAUAUUCAUAUCGUGCCCAUUCUGAACACC